AUGUCCGCAUUUUCAUCUUCUAUAGAAUAUAAUUUAUAUGAAAUUGAAGGAAAACAUAUUUUUGAUAAUGAAUUAAUUGUUUCAUGUGAAAAUGUUCAAAAAAAUAUGUUUAUAUUAAUUGAAAAGUUAGAAAAUUGUAUAUUUGUUAUAAUUGAUAACAAAUAUAAUUUUAUGGAUAUAAAAAAUAAUUUUCAAGAAGAUAUAUUAAACUUAAUGUAUAAAAUAGAUGAAGAUGUACAUGUUAUUUGUGAUAAAGUAAGAAUAGCAAUUGAUACAUGUAAUGUAAAAGAUGAUCGUUUAAAUUUUUUAUUAACAAUUCAUAAAUAUCAACAAGCAAUAAGUAUUAUUAUUAAAGAAUUAUCUGAAUGUAUUGGUGAAGCAAUUGAAAAAACAUUAGACUUAAGAAUAAGAGGAAUAUGUAAUAUAACAAUCGAAAAGAAUGUUAUUGUUAGGAUGGCACAUUUACGAAAAGAAAUAGUAAAACCAAUAAUGAGUUUUGGUCCAAGAACAAGAAAUUUAAAUUGUUUUACUUCACCUUAUUCUUUUAUAUACCCUAAAUGGUAUCAUAAUGAUAAAUUAAUUGUUAACAAUAAAAAUGGUUACUGGUUUGAAAAUAAUAGAAAAUCCUUAUUUUUUAAUGUAACAGAAAAUAAGGGUGGAAAAUAUAAUUGUAAUUCAGAUGUACAAUCUUCUAUCAAUAGAACAUUUUAUGUUAAUAUUGAAGGACCACCUAAAUGGAUUUAUAAACCUCCUAUUGAUACAAAUGCUAGUGAAGGUGAAACAGUAACAUUUUAUUGUAAUACAACAGGAAAACCAAAUCCAAAGACAACAUUUUAUAAAAAUGGAGUAAAAAUGAAUAAUUCAAAAAAUAAAUAUUUGAUAAAAAAUAAUAAAUUAACAUUAAUUAAUGUUACAUAUGGUAUUUAUGGAACAGGUGAUAAUUCAAUUUAUCAAUGUAAGGCAGAAAAUAAGCAUGGAUAUUUAUGGAAUAAUUUUUAUCUUAAAAUUAUUGAAUUUAAACCUGAAUUAAUAAAAAAAUCAGAUGAUAUUGAAGUUAUUGAAGGUGAUGAUGUAGUAAUAUUUUGUGAAUUUUCUUCAAUGCCUAGUGCUAAUAUAACAUGGAAAGGAUUUAAAAAUGUGGCAUAUGAAGUUAUAAAAACAGUCAAAAAAAAUAAAGAAAAAAUUAAAUUAAAAUAUGUUGAUAAAAAUAGUGAAGGUGAAUAUAUUUGUAAAGGUUCAAAUAAAUAUGGUUUUGAUGAGGGAAUAAUUAAAGUAAUUAUAAGAAAUAAAACAAAAUUUAUUAAUGAAAAUGAUACAUCAAUUAUACAUUUAGCUGGUAACAAUUUAAAAUUGUCCUGUAAAGUUAUACACGAUGAUUCAUUUACCUUAAAAUAUGAAUGGUUAAUUGAUAAUAAUCAUAUAAAUACUGAAAAAUUUGAUUAUAAUAUAAUAAAUAAUGAUACAGUAUUACUUAAAAAUGUUAAUAGUUUAAAAUCAGUUAAAUGCAAAGUUUCUACUAAACUUAAUUUUAUUGAAAAAAAUUUUAAAAUUACAGUUGUAGAUGUUCCUAAUCCAGUAGAAAUGGCUUUUGUUGUUGAAUGUAAUCAAGAUAAACGAUUUGCCAAAAUAAAUUUUAAACAUUCUGAAAAAGCUUAUCUUUAUUCACCUGUUAUGGAAUUUUGGAUUCAAUAUUUAAUUGAUUCUUAUGAUGAUAGUACAUCAUGGAUAACAUAUCCAAUUCCUAUAAAUGCUGAAAAUUAUGAAUAUAUUUAUAAUGAUACUAGAAUAGUUAGUGCAUCAACAAUUAUUAAUUUAAAACCUUAUUGUCAUUAUCAAUUUAGAAUAUUCGCUAGAAAUUUUAUUGGUGAUAGUACACCAAAAUUAGCAAAUGAAAUUUGUACAACUUCACCUAAUUUUCCAUAUUUACAUCCAACAAAUGUUAGAAUAGAAAUCAUGAAUUUCAACAGUAUAAAAGUGUAUUGGAAUAUAAUUCAACGUGAACAUUGGAAUGGACCAAAUUUUAGGUAUGAAAUACACUAUAAACCAUCAUCAAAUAAUACAUGGGAUAUUAAAAAAAUUGAUAAUCCUUUUCAAAAUAAUGAUCAUAUUAUAUUUGAUGAAAAUAUACCAUUUGAAAUGGUAGAUGUUAAAGUAUUAUCAGUAAAUGAUAUUGGAAUGGGUAUAGAAGUACCAAAUAUUGUUCAAGGAAGAACAGGAUUAUUAUUAAUUGAUAAUUCAAAUAUACCUAGUAUUUACUCUGACAGAACAACUAGAAGAAUAAAAAAACUUUUUAAUGAAAAUAGAUUAGAAGAUUAUCCAUUUUUUAUAGUAAUAAUAUUUAUUAUAAUAAUACUCUUUCAAAUAUGUUUAUUUAUUACCUGUUUAUGUAAAAAAAAAACAACUAACAAUAAAGAAACAUUAGACGUUAAAGAAUCUCUAAUUCAAAAUUUUGAAAACAAAUAA